AUGGUGUGCCAUAACGAAGAACUUCACGCAGAAGUGGAUGUGAUGUACCGGAGGAUGACUCGUGAAAGACGUCAGCGUCUUUCUAGGCCUUCCGAAGUGGUCACAGCGAACCGCCUUCGCUUCUUCGGUCACUUUAUGAGAAGAUGCUCUGAUCGCCUCGUCCAAGUUGUCCUGAGGGAUGCUCUGCGAUCCAAGUUGAAAGCGACUACCUGGACUUGA